CUUCCGUCGCGACCGGACUGGAGUAAGAUGGUUGUAGAUAUUCAGCCAGACUGCCUUGGACUUUAUUGUGGAAGAACAGUGGAAAUUAUAAAUGGAACUGAAAUUCAUGGUGAUUGUGGUGUAUGUCCCAGAGGACAAAGAAGUGAUGCCUAUAAAAUUUGCCGCGAAUGUAUAGGAUCCCCAGAACGCUAUGAUUGGCUUUAUCUUGGCUUUAUGGCAAUGCUACCUCUCAUUCUGCAUUGGUUCUUCAUUGAAUGGUAUUCAGGGAAAAAGAGUUCCAGUGCGCUUUUCCAGCACAUCACUGCUUUAAUUGAAUGCAGCGUGGCUGCAAUUGUUACCCUGCUUGUAAGUGACCCCAUAGGCUCCCUGCACAUCCGUUCAUGCAAAGUGAUGAUGCUUUCUGACUGGUAUACCAUGCUUUACAAUCCAAGCCCUGAUUACGUUACCACCAUUCACUGUACCCACGAAGCUGUCUAUCCUCUCUACACCAUUGUAUUCAUAUACUACGCAUUCUGUUUAGUGUUUAUGAUGAUGCUUCGUCCACUGCUGGUAAAGAAGAUUGCUUGUGGGCUGGGAAAGUCAGAUAGAUUUAAGAGCAUUUAUGCAGCUCUUUACUUCUUCCCAAUUCUGACUGUGCUUCAGGCUGUUGGAGGUGGCUUGCUCUACUAUGCUUUCCCAUAUAUCAUCAUUGUACUGUCUCUUGUUACCCUGGUUGUCUAUCUAUCUGCUUCUGAAGUAGAGACUUUCAAAGAUCUGCUUGUCAGGAAGAAAAGGCUUAUCGUUCUGUUUAGCCAUUGGCUGUUGCAUGCCUACGGAAUUAUCUCCAUUUCCAAGCUGAGCAACAUUUACCAGGACUUGCCUUUGCUGGCCUUGGUGCCUGCACCAGCUCUUUUUUAUUUGCUAACUGCAAAAUACACUGAGCCAUCCAGGAUAUUAUCUGAGGGAGCAAAUGGACGUUAAUUAUAAUUAA